UUUUCGUCUCUUCUGGCGCUCGCUGCGUCGGCUGCGUCGCAGACGUUCACAAGCUGCAACCCGACUCUCGUGACCUGUCCGUCGGACCCGGGGCUAGCGGCGCCCGUGUACGAUGUCGACUUCCGGCAGGGCGGCGACGCGGCGCACUGGUCGUCGGUGGGCACGGGGGCCGUGACGUACACGCCGCUGGGCGCGGCGUUCACCAUCGCCGAGCAGGGCAACUCUCCGACGAUGGAGACGACGUGGUACUUCUUCUUCGGGCGCGCCGAGGUGCACAUGCGCGCGGCGCUGGGCACGGGCAUCGUCAGCUGCGUGGUGCUCGAGUCGGACGACCUCGACGAGGUGGACUGGGAGUGGCUGGGCGGCGACGCGGGCGAGGUGCAGACCAACUACUUUGGCAAGGGCAACACGACGACGUACGACCGCGGCGGCACGGCGGGCGUCGCCGACGCGCAGGGCGCGCUGCAUAACUACACGAUCGACUGGACGCCGGCGGCCAUCACGUGGUACGUCGACGGCGGCGCGGUGCGGACGCUGGCGUACGACGACGCGGUCGGCGGCCGCAACUUCCCGCAGACGCCCAUGCGGCUCAAGCUGGGCGUCUGGGCCGGCGGUGAUGCGCGAAACCCCAACGGCACCAUCGCCUGGGCCGGCGGCCUGACCAACUACUCGGCCGGGCCGUUUACCAUGUACGUCGAGCGCGUGACGGUGGCCAACGCGAACCCGGCCGCCAGUUACGCGUACGGCGACCGCUCGGGCGACUGGACCAGCAUCGUCGCCAUGCAGGAGGACGACGGGGAC